UCGGGAACAUCCCAAGCAAGCAAAAUGGUUUGGUCUGCUCGACUUGCGUUUCCUUUGUUGGCCCUGCUAUUUUGCAGUCCAGCUAUCCUAGCACAGGGCAACAGCCCGUGGUCUAAUGCAGCCUUAGCUGAGCAAUUUAUUGGUGCUUUCGGCAAUGCUGUAGCUUACUCCAAUGCAUUUAGUGCGUCAGAAGUGGAUGACAUGCAAUCUAUCGGAGAGAUUGUAAUGGCAGCAAUGGAAAAAAUGGCAAGAUCCAAUAAAAGUUCAAAAUCUAAAUUGCAAGCUCUUAACAUGGCUUUCGCUUCGUCAGUAGCAGAAAUUGCAGUUACUGAGCAAGAUGGAUUGGCACUUGAUCUAAAAACGAAUGCUAUUGCUGAUGCUCUGUCACAAGCCUUUCUUCAAACAACUGGGUAUGUAGAUGGUCAAUUCAUCAAUGAAAUCAGACAACUGAUUGUUAUGUUUGCCCAGGCCAACGCAAAUGAAGUUGGAGGAGGAGCUUCAGCAUCAGCGUCAGCAGGUGGUUAUGGGUCCGGCGGAGGUGGCUACAGUCAGCAAGGAGGUUACAGUUCAGGUGCAGCAGCAUCUGCUGCAGCAGCUUCAUCUGCUGGUCAAGGUUACGGAGGACAAACUCAGCAAGGAGGACAAGGACAAGGAGGCUAUGGAUCUAGUGCAGCUGCAGCAGCAUCAGCAGCCGCAGGAGGCCUUGGAGGAAGAGGUGGACAAAGCGGACAAGGACAAGGUCAACAAGGUUAUGGAUCUGGAGCAUCCGCUGCAGCCGCAGCAGCAGCAGGAGGCUCGGAAGGACAAGGUGGCCAAGGUGGAUACGGCUCAGGCGGACAAGGCCAAGGAGGCACCGGAUCUGGAGCAGCCGCUGCAGCAGCAGCAGCAGCAGGAGGCUCGGGAGGACAAGGUGGCCAAGGUGGAUACGGUUCAGGCGGACAAGGCCAAGGACAAGGAGGCUACGGAUCUGGAGCAGCCGCUGCAGCAGCAGCAGCAGCAGGAGGCUCGGGAGGACAAGGUGGCCAAGGUGGAUACGGCUCAGGCGGACAAGGCCAAGGAGGCUACGGAUCUGGAGCAGCCGCUGCAGCAGCAGCAGCAGGAGGCUCGGGAGGACAAGGUGGCCAAGGCGGAUACGGUUCAGGCGGACAAGGCCAAGGACAAGGAGGCUACGGAUCUGGAGCAGCCGCUGCAGCAGCAGCAGGAGGCUCGGGAGGACAAGGUGCCCAAGGUGGAUACGGCUCAGGCGGACAAGGCCAAGGACAAGGAGGCUACGGAUCUGGAGCAGCCGCUGCAGCAGCAGCAGCAGCAGGAGGCUCGGGAGGACAAGGUGGCCAAGGUGGAUACGGCUCAGGCGGACAAGGCCAAGGAGGCUAUGGAUCUGGAGCUGCCGCUGCAGCAGCAGCCGCAGCAGGAGGCUCGGGAGGACAAGGUGCCCAAGGUGAAUACGGCUCAGGCGGACAAGGCCAAGGACAAGGAGGCUAUGGAUCUGGAGCUGCCGCUGCAGCAGCAGCAGCAGCAGGAGGCUCGGGAGGACAAGGGGCCCAAGGUGGAUACGGCUCGGGCGGACAAGGACAAGGACAAGGAGGCCUCGGAUCUGGAGCAGCCGCUGCAGCAGCAGCAGCAGGAGGCUCGGGAGGACAAGGUGGCCAAGGUGGAUACGGUUCAGGCAGACAAGGCCAAGGACAAGGAGGCUACGGAUCUGGAGCAGCCGCUGCAGCAGCAGCAGCAGCAGGAGGCUCGGGAGGACAAGGUGGCCAAGGUGGAUACGGCUCAGGCGGACAAGACCAAGGAGGCUAUGGAUCUGGAGCUGCCGCUGCAGCAGCAGCCGCAGCAGGAGGCUCGGGAGGACAAGGUGCCCAAGGUGGAUACGGCUCAGGCGGACAAGGCCAAGGACAAGGAGGCUAUGGAUCUGGAGCUGCCGCUGCAGCAGCAGCCGCAGCAGGAGGCUCGGGAGGACAAGGUGCUCAAGGUGGAUACGGCUCAGGCGGACAAGGACAAGGACAAGGAGGCCUCGGAUCUGGAGCAGCCGCUGCAGCAGCAGCAGCAGGAGGCUCGGGAGGACAAGGUGCCCAAGGUGGAUACGGCUCAGGCGGACAAGGCCAAGGACAAGGAGGCUACGGAUCUGGAGCAGCCGCUGCAGCAGCAGCAGCAGCAGGAGGCUCGGGAGGACAAGGUGGCCAAAGUGGAUACGGAUCAGGCGGACAAGGUCAAGGAGGCUACGGAUCUGGAGCAGCCGCUGCAGCAGCAGCAGCAGCAGGAGGCUCGGGAGGACAAGGUGCCCAAGGUGGAUACGGCUCAGGCGGACAAGGCCAAGGACAAGGAAAUUAUGGAUCUGGAGCUGCCGCCGCAGCAGCAGCCGCAGCAGGAGGCUCGGGAGGACAAGGUGGCCAAGGUGGAUACGGCUCAGGCGGACAAGGCCAAGGAGGCUACGGAUCUGGAGCAGCCGCUGCAGCAGCAGCAGCAGGAGGCUCGGGAGGACAAGGUGGCCAAGGUGGAUACGGCUCAGGUGGACAAGGCCAAGGACAAAGAGGCUACGGGUCUGGAGGAGCCGCUGCAGCAGCAGCAGCAGCAGGAGGCUCGGGAGGACGAGGUGGCCAAGGUGGAUACGGAGCAGGCGGACAAGGCCAAAGACAAGGAGGCUACGGAUCUGGAGCAGCCGCUGCAGCAGCAGCAGCAGCAGCAGGAGGCUCGGGAGGACAAGGUGGCCAAGGUGGAUACGGCUCAGGCGGACAAGGCCAGGGACAAGGAGGUUAUGGAUCUGGAGCAGCCGCUGCAGCAGCAGCCGCAGCAGGAGGCUCGGGGGGACAAGGUGGAGCUGGAGCAGCUGGACAAGGACAAGGACAAGGAGGCCUCGGAUCUGGAGCAGCCGCUGCAGCAGCAGCAGCAGGAGGCUCGGGAGGACAAGGUGGCCAAGGUGGAUACGGUUCAGGCAGACAAGGCCAAGGACAAGGAGGCUACGGAUCUGGAGCAGCCGCUGCAGCAGCAGCAGCAGCAGGAGGCUCGGGAGGACAAGGUGGCCAAGGUGGAUACGGAUCAGGCGGACAAGGCCAAGGAGGCUACGGAUCUGGAGCAGCCGCUGCAGCAGCAGCAGCAGCAGCAGGAGGUUCGGGAGGACAAGGUGGCCAAGGUGGAUACGGCUUAGGCGGACAAGGCCAAGGACAAGGAGGCUACGGAUCUGGAGCUGCCGCUGCAGCAGCAGCAGCAGCAGGAGGCUCAAGAGGACAAGGUGACCAAGGUGGAUACGGCUCAGGCGGACAAGGCCAAGGACAAGGAGGUUACGGAUCUGGAGCAGCCGCUGCAGCAGCAGCAGCAGCAGGAGGCUCUGGAGGACAAGGAGGCCAAGGUGGAUACGGCUCAGGCAGACAAGGCCAAGGACAAGGAGGCUACGGAUCUGGAGCAGCCGCUGCAGCAGCAGCAGCAGCAGGAGGCUCGGGAGGACAAGGUGGCCAAGGUGGAUACGGCUCAGGCGGACAAGGCCAAGGAGGCUACGGAUCUGGAGCAGCCGCUGCAGCAGCAGCAGCAGCAGGAGGCUCGGGAGGACAAGGUGACCAAGGUGGAUACGGCUCAGGCGGACAAGGCCAAGGAGGCUACGGAUCUGGAGCAGCCGCUGCAGCUGCAGCAGCAGCAGCAGGAGGCUCGGGAGGACAACGUGGCCAAGGUGGAUACGGUUCAGGCGGACAAGGCCAAGGAGGCUACGGAUCUGGAGCAGCCGCUGCAGCAGCAGCAGCAGCAGGAGGCUCGGGAAGACAAGGUGGCCAAGGUGGAUACGGCUCAGGCGCACAAGGCCAAGGACAAGGAGGCUACGGAUCUGGAGCAGCCGCUGCAGCAGCAGCAGCAGCAGGAGGCUCGGGAGGACAAGGUGGCCAAGGUGGAUACGCAGGCGGACAAGGCCAAGGAGGCUACGGAUCUGGAGCAGCCGCUGCAGCAGCAGCAGCAGCAGGAGGCUCGGGAGGACAAGGUGGCCAAGGUGGAUACGGCUCAGGCGGACAAGGCCAAGGAGGCUACGGAUCUGGAGCAGCCGCUGCAGCAGCAGCAGCAGCAGCAGGAGGCUCGGGAGGACAACGUGGCCAAGGUGGAUACGGUUCAGGCGGACAAGGCCAAGGAGGCUACGGAUCUGGAGCAGCCGCUGCAGCAGCAGCAGCAGCAGGAGGCUCUGGAGGACAAGGUGGCCAAGGUGGAUACGGCUCAGGCGCACAAGGCCAAGGACAAGGAGGCUACGGAUCUGGAGCAGCCGCUGCAGCAGCAGCAGCAGCAGGAGGCUCGGGAGGACAAGGUGGCCAAGGUGGAUACGGCUCAGGUGGACAAGGCCAAGGACAAGGAGGCUACGGAUCUGGAGCAGCCGCUGCAGCAGCAGCAGCAGGAGGCUCGGGAGGACAAGGUGGCCAAGGUGGAUACGGCUCAGGCGGACAAGGCCAAGGAGGCUACGGAUCUGGAGCAGCCGCUGCAGCAGCAGCAGCAGCAGGAGGCUCGGGAGGACAAGGUGGCCAAGGUGGAUACGGUUCAGGCGGACAAGGCCAAGGACAAGGAGGCUACGGAUCUGGAGCAGCCGCUGCAGCAGCAGCAGCAGCAGGAGGCUCUCGAGGACAAGGUGGUCAAGGUGGAUACGGCUCAGGCGGACAAGGCCAAGGAGGCUACGGAUCUGGAGCAGCCGCUGCAGCAGCAGCAGCAGCAGGAGGCUCGGGAGGACAAGGUGGCCAAGGUGGAUACGGUUCAGGCGGACAAGGCCAAGGACAAGGAGGCUACGGAUCUGGAGCAGCCGCUGCAGCAGCAGCAGCAGCAGGAGGCUCGGGAGGACAAGGUGGCCAAGGUGGAUACGGCUCAGGCGGACAAGGCCAAGGAGGCUACGGAUCUGGAGCAGCCGCUGCAGCAGCAGCAGCAGCAGGAGGCUCGGGAGGACAAGGUGGACAAGGCGGAUACGGUUCAGGCGGACAAGGCCAAGGACAAGGAGGCUACGGAUCUGGAGCAGCCGCUGCAGCAGCAGCAGGAGGCUCGGGAGGACAAGGUGGCCAAGGUGGAUACGGCUCAGGCGGACAAGGCCAAGGACAAGGAGGCUACGGAUCUGGAGCAGCCGCUGCAGCAGCAGCAGCAGCAGGAGUCUCGGGAGGACAAGGUGGCCAAGGUGGAUACGGCUCAGGUGGACAAGGCCAAGGACAAGGAGGCUACGGAUCUGGAGCAGCUGCUGCAGCAGCAGCAGCAGGAGGCUCGGGAGGAGAAGGUGGAUACGGCUCAGGCGGACAAGGCCAAGGAGGCACCGGAUCUGGAGCAGCCGCUGCAGCAGCAGGAGGCUCGGGAGGACAAGGUGGCCAAGGUGGAUACGGUUCAGGCGGACAAGGCCAAGGACAAGGAGGCUACGGAUCUGGGCAGGGCGGACAAGGCCAAGGAGGCUACGGAUCUGGAGGACAAGGCCAAGGAGGCACCGGAUCUGGAGCAGCCGCUGCAGCAGCAGGAGGCUCGGGAGGACAAGGUGGCCAAGGUGGAUACGGUUCAGGCGGACAAGGCCAAGGACAAGGAGGCUACGGAUCUGGAGCAGCCGCUGCAGCAGCAGCAGCAGCAGGAGGCGCGGGAGGACAAGGUGGCCAAGGUGGAUACGGCUCAGGCGGACAAGGCCAAGGAGGCUACGGAUCUGGAGCAGCCGCUGCAGCAGCAGCAGCAGCAGCAGCAGGAGGCUCGGGAGGACAAGGUGGCCAAGGCGGAUACGGUUCAGGCGGACAAGGCCAAGGACAAGGAGGCUACGGAUCUGGAGCAGCCGCUGCAGCAGCAGCAGGAGGCUCGGGAGGACAAGGUGGCCAAGGUGGAUACGGUUCAGGCGGACAAGGCCAAGGACAAGGAGGCUACGGAUCUGGAGCAGCCGCUGCAGCAGCAGCAGCAGCAGGAGGCUCGGGAGGACAAGGUGGCCAAGGUGGAUACGGCUCAGGCGGACAAGGACAAGGAGGCUACGGAUCUGGAGCAGCCGCUGCAGCAGCAGCAGCAGCAGGAGGCUCGGGAGGACAAGGUGGCCAAGGUGGAUACGGCUCAGGCGGACAAGGCCAAGGAGGCUACGGAUCUGGAGCAGCCGCUGCAGCAGCAGCAGCAGCAGGAGGCUCGGGAGGACAAGGUGGCCAAGGUGGAUACGGCUCAGGCGGACAAGGCCAAGGAGGCACCGGAUCUGGAGCAGCCGCUGCAGCAGCAGCAGCAGCAGGAGGCUCGGGAGGACAAGGUGGCCAAGGUGGAUACGGUUCAGGCGGACAAGGCCAAGGACAAGGAGGCUACGGAUCUGGAGCAGCCGCUGCAGCAGCAGCAGCAGCAGGAGGCUCGGGAGGACAAGGUGGCCAAGGUGGAUACGGCUCAGGCGGACAAGGCCAAGGAGGCUACGGAUCUGGAGCAGCCGCUGCAGCAGCAGCAGCAGCAGGAGGCUCGGGAGGACAAGGUGGCCAAGGUGGAUACGGUUCAGGCGGACAAGGCCAAGGACAAGGAGGCUACGGAUCUGGAGCAGCCGCUGCAGCAGCAGGAGGCUCGGGAGGACAAGGUGGCCAAGGUGGAUACGGCUCAGGCGGACAAGGCCAAGGAGGCUACGGAUCUGGAGCAGCCGCUGCAGCAGCAGCAGCAGCAGGAGGCUCGGGAGGACAAGGUGGCCAAGGUGGAUACGGCUCAGGCGGACAAGGCCAAGGAGGCUACGGAUCUGGAGCAGCCGCUGCAGCAGCAGCAGCAGCAGGAGGCUCGGGAGGACAAGGUGGCCAAGGUGGAUACGGCUCAGGCGGACAAGGCCAAGGAGGCUACGGAUCUGGAGCAGCCGCUGCAGCAGCAGCUGCAGCAGGAGGCUCAGGAGGACAAGGUGGCCAAGGAGGAUACGGUUCCGGUGGACAAGGCCAAGGACAAGGAGGCUACGGAUCUGGAGCAGCCGCUGCAGCAGCAGCAGCAGCAGGAGGCUCGGGAGGACAAGGUGGCCAAGGUGGAUACGGCUCAGGCGGACAAGGCCAAGGAGGCUACGGAUCUGGAGCAGCCGCUGCAGCAGCAGCAGCAGCAGGAGGCUCGGGAGGACAAGGUGGCCAAGGCGGAUACGGUUCAGGCGGACAAGGACAAGGACAAGGAGGCUACGGAUCUGGAGGAGCCGCUGCAGCAGCAGCAGCAGCAGGAGGCUCGGGAGGACAAGGUGGCCAAGGUGGAUACGGCUCAGGUGGACAAGGCCAAGGACAAGGAGGUUACGGAUCUGGAGCAGCCGCUGCAGCAGCAGCAGCAGCGGGAGGCUCUGGAGGACAAGGAGGCCAAGGUGGAUACGGCUCAGGCAGACAAGGCCAAGGACAAGGAGGCUACGGAUCUGGAGCAGCCGCUGCAGCAGCAGCAGCAGCAGGAGGCUCGGGAGGACAAGGUGGAUACGGCUCAGGCGGACAAGGCCAAGGACAAGGAGGCUACGGAUCUGGAGCUGCCGUUGCAGCAGCAGCCGCAGCAGGAGGUUCAGGAGGACAAGGUGGCCAAGGUGGAUACGGCUUAGGCGAACAAGGCCAAGGACAAGGAGGUUACGGAUCUGGAGCCGCUGCUGCAGCAGCAGCAGCAGCAGGAGGCUCGGGAGGACAAGGUGGCCAAGGUGGAUACGGCUCAGGUGGACAAGGCCAAGGAGGCUACGGAUCUGGAGCAGCCGCUGCAGCAGCAGCAGCAGCAGGAGGCUCGGGAGGACAAGGUGUCCAAGGUGGAUACGGCUCAAGCGGACAAGGCCAAGGAGGCUACGGAUCUGGAGCAGCCGCUGCAGCAGCAGCAGCAGCAGGAGGCUCGGGAGGACAAGGUGGCCAAGGUGGAUACGGCUCAGGCGGACAAGGCCAAGGACAAGGAGGCUACGGAUCUGGAGCAGCCGCUGCGGCAGCAGCAGCAGGAGGCUCGGGAGGACAAGGUGGCCAAGGUGGAUACGGCUCAGGCGGACAAGGCCAAGGACAAGGAGGCUACGGAUCUGGAGCAGCCGCUGCAGCAGCAGCAGCAGCAGGAGGCUCGGGAGGACAAGGUGCCCAAGGUGGAUACGGCGCAGGUAGACAAGGCCAAGGACAAGGAGGCUAUGGAUCUGGAGCUGCCGCUGCAGCAGCAGCCGCCGCAGGAGGUUCGGGAGGACAAGGUGGCCAAGGUGGAUACGGCUCGGGCGGACAAGGCCAAGGACAAGGAGGCUAUGGAUCUGGAGCUGCCGCUGCAGCAGCAGCCGCAGCAGGUGGUUCGGGAGGACAAGGUGGCCAAGUUGGAUACGGCUCAGGCGGACAAGGACAAGGAGGCUACGGAUCUGGAGCAGCCGCUGCAGCAGCAGCAGCAGCAGGAGGCUCGGGAGGACAAGGUGGCCAAGGUGGAUACGGCUCAGGCGGACAAGGCCAAGGACAAGGAGGCUACGGAUCUGGAGCAGCCGCUGCAGCAGCAGCAGCAGCAGGAGGCUCGGGAGGACAAGGUGGCCAAGGUGGAUACGGCUCAGGCGGACAAGGCCAAGGAGGCUACGGAUCUGGAGCAGCCGCUGCAGCAGCAGCAGCAGCAGGAGGCUCGGGAGGACAAGGUGGCCAAGGUGGAUACGGCUCAGGCGGACAAGGCCAAGGACAAGGAGGCUACGGAUCUGGAGCAGCCGCUGCAGCAGCAGCAGCAGGAGGCUCGGGAGGACAAGGUGGCCAAGGUGGAUACGGCUCAGGCGGACAAGGCCAAGGAGGCUACGGAUCCGGAGCAGCCGCUGCAGCAGCAGCAGCAGCAGGAGGCUCGGGAGGACAAGGUGGCCAAGGUGGAUACGGCUCAGGCGGACAAGGCCAAGGAGGCUACGGAUCUGGAGCAGCCGCUGCAGCAGCAGCAGCAGCAGGAGGCUCGGGAGGACAAGGUGCCCAAGGUGGAUACGGCUCAGUCGGACAAGGCCAAGGACAAGGAGGUUAUGGAUCUGGAGCAGCCGCUGCAGCAGCAGCCGCAGCAGGAGGCUCGGGAGGACAAGGUGGAGCUGGAGCAGGUGGACAAGGUGGACAAGGACAAGGCCAAGGUGGUUAUGGAUCUGGAGCAGCCGCUGCAGCAGCAGCCGCAGCAGGAGGUUUAGGAGGACAAGGUGGAUACGGCUCAGGCGGACAAGGCCAAGGACAAGGAGGCUACGGAUCUGGAGCAGCCGCUGCAGCAGCAGCAGCAGCAGGAGGCUCGGGAGGACAAGGUGCGCAAGGUGGAUACGGCUCAGGCGGACAAGGCCAAGGACAAGGAGGCUACGGUUCGGGUGCAGCUUCUGCAGCAGCAGCAGCAUCUUCCUCAGUUUCUCGACUUCAAUCACCUGCAUCUUCAUCUAGAGUUUCCUCAGCUGUUUCUACACUUGCUUCUGCAGGUGCUGCAAAUUCAGGAGCAUUGUCGAGCGUUAUUUCUAACCUUUCUUCUUCUGUUGCUUCUGCCCAUCCUGAUUUGUCUGGUUGUGAACUCCUGGUUCAAAUUCUACUCGAGGUCAUCUCUGCUCUUGUCGCACUUUUGGGAUCAUCAACCGUUGGCCCAGUUGACAUUGGACAAUCUUCCCAAUAUUCUGGUUUGGUAGCCAAUGCAAUUGGUAACGCAUUAGCCUAAUUUUGAGAAUAGCAUAUCUCAACUGCUAAAAUGGUAGUAAAUUUUGUAAGUUUAUUCUUAAAUAAAUACUGGCUCUUUAGUUUUGCAA